UGGAGAGGUACUACUACCUAUUGGUUUAUGUGGUCCUGAGACUUCUUUAGAAAACCUUGUGUGAAUCUAAAUAAACUUUAAACCUGGACUGGCUCUAUAUACUACAACUGUCCUUCACAAGGAAGAAGGGGCUGCAAUUUACAACGUUCUGCAACUUUGAAAAGUUCAUCAUCAGAAAUUUGAAAGAAACAAAUAGUUCUCUUUGGCGUCAUACCCCACAUCUUGUAUCAUGAGUCAAAACUUUUGGAAGGUUUAUAAAGCAAAGGUUCUGCAGACAUUCAACACAGAACAAGAUGGAGAAACACAUGAAGAAAGUGACACUGCAGAGAUUAUCAACGCUGAAAACAUGGACAAUGGAGAUGAAGGGUUAAACAUGUCACAUUUAGCAAAAAAGGUUCAAGGAGCUUUUGGUUGGAGAAGUGUUACUUCACUAUUCACUAAAGAAGAGGAACAUAGAACAGAUGAAAACAUUGAGCAUAGACCAGAGCAAGCAGCAGAACAAUCUCCCUCUUCACACCCUCCAGACAACCUUCCACAGAAAAGUCCCUCAGCUCUUUGGGAUGUGUUCUCUACUAGAUGGCAUCAGAGCUCUGCUGAGCACUCCGAGGCAAGAGGUGUGCUGUCUGAGCCCCCACCAGAGCAACAUGAAGCUCAACAAGCAGAGGAGACACCUUUCAGGUGGAGUUUCCUCACCAGUAAACUAGCAGACCUAAGAAGCAAAAGCGACUAAAGACUACACCCUAGGGAGAACAAUGGCUACAGAUGGUUCCCCAAGUAACUGUGUAACAAAAUUACCUGACCCCAAGGUAUUAUAAACAGAUUCUCCAGUAAUUCUGUGACAUAGGCAGAGCUGAAAAUUUCCGCUAGUCCAUAGGCAAGUAAAAUAAUUAUGCUCCUACGAUUCACUAUUCAUACGUUAGUAAUGGUUUCUUCUAGACUAUCUCCUCUUAUUUAUUUUGGUUAUAUAUAUAUAUAUAUAUAUAUAUAUAUAUACAUACAUAUAAUGGGGGGAAAAAUUGUAAAGUGACUUGGGCCUGUUGCCCGAGAAACCUCAACAAGAA